AUGUUCAUGACACAACCUGCCUACGCCUACGCAGCGGCCCCUCCACCUCCAAGGCAAUACUCGGGAACAAGCAGCGCUUUCAGCGCUUCUGCCAAUCCUGACGAGGACUGGACUAAGAUCUCAGACCUCGCUGAGCGCCGAAGGAUCCAGAACCGCAUUGCACAACGCAACUACCGCAAGAAACUGAAGCGCCGUCUUGAAGACCUCGAGCGCCGUGCUGGUUCUUCUGACGAUGCCGAGUCCGACAAGCAGUCGCAGAAGCCUACCAAGUCGAAGCGAUCUCCCUCAGCACCCAAGUCUCAAAAAAUGCAAUGCAGAUCUCCUAGCAAGUCUUUUGCUUCACAGAGCCAUUUCACUCCUCCCUUGGAGCCUGUAAACGAGCUUUUCCCCCCCGGCGACGACCGAGCUUGCUCAGACAGCCCUCCUCAGUUCACAUACCCAACAUACCCGGCUCCCGAUGAGAUCCUCCUCGCACCGUACGGGUCUACUCAGUCAUACCCAGCUAUCGCAACCGCUGAUGCCUACCCCAACUACAUGACAGCGUCUACAGUGCCCAUGACACUUCCUUCCAUGACACACUUUAGCGAUGCCAUGAAGCAGGAGACGUACCCCAGCGACGAUUGA